UAUUACAAGCACAACCAAGGGAGCUGCAGUAUGAAAUCCAUCUCUGCCUGUUACUUGCUGUGUCUUUUGCCUGCGCUGGUUUUCAGCACCAGAAAGGUGUAUGAAGAUCUAGAAAAGCAGUUGAAAGAAGUUUUCAUGGAAAGAAGCAGCAUCCUCCGACAGCUUUCAAAAACAUCAAGAGAACUGGAAGGAAUUAAAGAAAAUAUUCAGUCUUUGAAAAGCAAUGAAGCAUCAACCAAAAGUGAUGUACAGAAACUUUUGGAACUAGAGGAAAAACAAAGAAAAGAAAUGAAAUCCCUGCAGGAGGCAUUCACAAAGCAACUUAAUGAAGCAAUAAAGGCAGAGAAGCAGCAGGCAACUAUUAACUUCCUCAAGACUGAAAUGGAACGGAAAAGCAAAAUGAUCAGAGAUCUGCAGAAUGAGAAUAAAAGCCUGAAAAACAAACUGAUGUCAGGGAACAAGCUAUGUGGCCUUCGCGCAGAAGAGUCUAAGAGAAUACAAGCACAGCUCAAAGAACUGCGAUAUGGGAAAAAGGAUUUGGUUUCUAAGGCUCAGCAACUCACUGAACUGGAGCAAAAAUUAACAGUGGCAAAGGAAGACAUGGAAAAAGCAUCCCUGGAUAAAGAGUCACAGCUAAAAGCUCUGAAAGAGACAGUACAGCUCUGCUUGUCGUCUGUUCUGCACAGUCAGCCUCCCACCAGGCAUAUGAUCCCAUCACAUGCAAGAGAUAGGCCGAUAUCUCCAGCAACGAAUACUUCAAGACUGCCAUCUCCCGUAACAAACUCAGAGAGUCAAACAAAUGCAUCGUCUAAUAAUGAGACUAUAACAAUGAAAGAAUAUCAGCAUGACAAGAAUUGUGACUCUCACAAUGAUGGAAAAAUCUGCAGAUUACAUCACAGCAAUUCAACAGUAUCAAACAAGAGCAUAGGAUUAGAAUCAAAAAGGCAGCAAUUACAUGACCCACCAUGGGAGAAAAAUGAAAAUGAAAAAGUAAAAGAAGAUCAAAGGAAGAGUAAUGGAAAUUUGAAUAUUAAUGGAGAAAAAACACUGUAA